AUGGCCAACCUCGAAUUUCAUCCAUUCGAAGACGGUUUUUCAAUAAACCCUGGAAAUUUACAAAGUUAUGCUGGACACUUAGGGAAUCGGAGUCAGAACAUAAAAGAUGGGGUUGACCAAGUUUCAACUGCUGGGAGAAAAUCAAACUUUUUCUCAAUAGGAUUCUACCAACAGUUCUUCGAUGUUGAAACCGACCAGGUGCUGAGACGAGUCCUGAACAGUGCUGUACCAACUAACAGUAAUUUCAUACUAGAUUUUGUACAUCCUAUGCCUGACUUUUGGGGCCCAUUCUGGAUAUCGGUUACUUUGGUUUUCUCUAUUGGUAUCUUUGGAAAUAUAGCACAAUAUAUUGAGAAUGAUGGCAAACCAGGAGAAUACGGCAGUGAUUUCAGAUUAGUGACAUCGUCCGCGUCACUUAUAUUCGUCUACGUUGUCUUGAUACCGAUUAUUCUAUCAGCUAUUAUGUGGCAGCGGAAGUCGGAGUUACAGUAUUCAAUCUCCGAUUUACUAUGUGCUUAUGGAUACAGCUUAUCAAUUUUUGUCCCAGUUUCGAUUCUUUGGACUUUGGACAUCAAUUGGUUCAGAUGGACUCUGAUUUUUACGGCAGUUUCACUUAGUGGUAUAGUCCUAGCAAAGUCAGUUUGGCCUGCUUUCAAAUCGGACUCCAAUAAGUUUGUAUGUGUCUAUUCUCUACACGAUAUUACUUUAUAG